CGGAGCAGCCCCGGCGGCCGGGCCGGCAUCCUCGCGGCGCCCCUCCGCUAGAGCAGGGACCAAGCCAAUUCUCCUUUGCAGCAAAAAAAGAAAAAAAAAAAAAGAAAAGAAAAAAAAAAGAAGAAUAAUUACAUGUAUAUAUUACUAAGCUAAUAUAUACAUUGGACCUUAUUUUUUUUAAAAAAAAGUUUAUUUUGCUCCAUUUUUGAAAAAGCGGGAGCGUGGGUGGCGAGCGGUUUUUAUAAAUUAUUCUUAUUUUCUGUAAUCUGUCCCCGUCCCUCCCCACCCCCCUGCUAAAGCGAGACUAAGGGCAGGGACCGCAGCUCCUACCUACCGGUCACCCUCUUACCCGGUCCUCCCCCUCGCCCCUAACGUCCAGCACAGUGCCCUGCACACAGUAGGCGCUCAAUAAAUGUUCGUGGAUGAUGAUGAUGAUGAUGAUGAAAAAAAUGCAGCAUCAACGGCAGCAGCAAGCGGACCACGCGAACGAGGCAAACUAUGCAAGAGGUACCAGACCCCCUCUUUCUGGUGAAGGACCAACAUCUCAGCCGAAUAGCUCCAAGCAGACGGUCCUGUCUUGGCAAGCUGCGAUCGAUGCUGCUAGACAGGCCAAGGCUGCCCAAACUAUGAGCACCUCCGGACCCCCACCUGUAGGAUCUCUCUCCCAAAGAAAACGUCAGCAAUACGCCAAGAGCAAAAAACAGGGUAACUCGUCUAACAGCCGACCUGCCCGCGCCCUUUUCUGUUUGUCACUCAAUAACCCCAUCCGAAGAGCCUGCAUUAGUAUAGUGGAAUGGAAACCCUUUGACAUAUUUAUAUUAUUGGCUAUUUUUGCCAAUUGUGUGGCCUUAGCUAUUUACAUCCCAUUCCCUGAAGAUGAUUCUAAUUCAACAAAUCAUAACUUGGAAAAAGUAGAAUAUGCCUUCCUGAUUAUUUUUACAGUCGAGACGUUUUUGAAGAUUAUAGCGUAUGGAUUAUUGCUACAUCCUAAUGCUUAUGUUAGGAAUGGAUGGAAUUUACUGGAUUUUGUUAUAGUGAUCGUAGGGUUGUUUAGUGUAAUUUUGGAACAAUUAACCAAAGAAACAGAAGGCGGUAACCACUCCAGUGGCAAAUCAGGGGGCUUUGAUGUCAAAGCCCUCCGCGCCUUUCGAGUGUUACGACCACUUCGACUAGUAUCAGGAGUGCCCAGUUUACAAGUUGUCCUGAACUCCAUUAUAAAAGCCAUGGUUCCCCUCCUUCACAUAGCCCUUUUGGUAUUAUUUGUAAUCAUAAUCUAUGCUAUUAUAGGAUUGGAACUUUUUAUUGGAAAAAUGCACAAAACAUGCUUUUUUGCUGACUCAGAUAUCGUAGCUGAAGAGGACCCAGCCCCAUGUGCGUUCUCAGGGAAUGGACGCCAGUGCACCGCCAAUGGCACGGAGUGUAGGAGUGGCUGGGUUGGCCCAAAUGGAGGCAUCACCAACUUCGAUAACUUUGCCUUUGCCAUGCUUACCGUAUUUCAGUGCAUCACCAUGGAAGGCUGGACAGACGUGCUCUACUGGAUGAAUGAUGCUAUGGGAUUUGAAUUGCCCUGGGUGUAUUUUGUCAGUCUCGUCAUCUUUGGGUCAUUUUUCGUACUAAAUCUUGUACUUGGUGUAUUGAGCGGAGAAUUCUCCAAGGAGAGAGAGAAGGCGAAGGCGCGGGGCGACUUCCAGAAGCUCAGAGAGAAGCAGCAACUGGAAGAAGAUCUGAAGGGCUACCUGGACUGGAUCACCCAAGCAGAGGACAUCGAUCCCGAGAACGAGGAGGAAGGAGGAGAGGAGAGCAAACGGAACACCAGCAUGCCCACCAGCGAGACGGAGUCUGUGAACACAGAGAACGUAAGUGGUGAAGGCGAGAGCCACGGCUGCUGUGGGAACCUCUGGUGCUGGUGGAAGAGAAGAGGCGCGGCCAAGGCUGGGCCCUCGGGGUGCCGGCGGUGGGGUCAAGCCAUCUCCAAAUCCAAACUCAGCCGACGCUGGCGACGCUGGAACCGAUUUAAUCGCAGACGAUGCAGGGCUGCUGUGAAGUCGGUCACGUUUUACUGGCUGGUUAUCGUCCUGGUGUUUCUCAACACAUUAACCAUCUCAUCCGAGCACUACAACCAGCCUGACUGGUUGACACAGAUUCAAGAUAUUGCAAACAAAGUCCUCUUGGCCCUUUUCACCUGCGAGAUGCUGGUGAAAAUGUACAGCUUGGGUCUGCAGGCCUAUUUUGUGUCUCUCUUCAACCGCUUCGAUUGCUUCGUGGUGUGUGGCGGCAUCACCGAGACCAUUUUGGUGGAGCUGGAAUUCAUGUCUCCCCUGGGCAUCUCCGUGUUCCGCUGUGUGCGCCUCCUGCGGAUCUUCAAAGUGACCAGGCACUGGACCUCGCUGAGCAAUUUGGUGGCGUCCUUACUGAACUCCAUGAAGUCUAUCGCUUCGCUGCUGCUGCUGCUCUUCCUGUUCAUCAUCAUCUUCUCCUUGCUGGGGAUGCAGCUGUUUGGAGGCAAGUUUAAUUUUGACGAAACGCAAACCAAGCGGAGCACGUUCGACAACUUCCCGCAAGCACUUCUCACCGUUUUCCAGAUUCUAACAGGUGAAGACUGGAACGCUGUGAUGUACGAUGGCAUCAUGGCCUACGGGGGACCGUCAUCUUCGGGAAUGAUCGUCUGUAUCUACUUCAUCAUCCUCUUCAUCUGCGGGAAUUAUAUUCUGCUGAAUGUCUUCUUGGCCAUUGCUGUGGACAAUUUGGCUGAUGCUGAAAGUUUGAACACGGCUCAGAAAGAGGAAGCUGAAGAAAAGGAACGGAAAAAGAUUGCCAGGAAAGAGAGCCUGGAGAACAAAAAGAACAACAAACCCGAAGUGAACCAGAUUGCCAACAGCGACAACAAGGUGACUAUUGAUGACUACCGAGAAGAAGAUGAGGACAAGGACCCUUAUCCACCCUGUGAUGUGCCGGUAGGUGAAGAGGAAGAGGAGGAAGAAGAAGAUGAACCUGAGGUUCCUGCUGGCCCCCGCCCUCGAAGGAUCUCGGAGUUGAACAUGAAGGAGAAGAUCGCCCCCAUUCCUGAAGGGAGCGCAUUCUUCAUUCUUAGCAAGACCAACCCGAUUCGUGUGGGCUGCCACAAGCUAAUCAACCACCACAUCUUCACCAACCUCAUCCUCGUCUUCAUCAUGCUGAGCAGCGCUGCCCUGGCCGCCGAGGACCCCAUCCGUAGCCACUCCUUCCGGAACACUAUACUGGGCUACUUUGACUAUGCUUUCACAGCCAUCUUUACUGUUGAAAUCCUGUUAAAGAUGACAACGUUUGGCGCCUUCCUCCACAAAGGGGCUUUCUGCCGGAACUACUUCAAUUUGCUGGACAUGCUGGUUGUUGGGGUGUCUCUCGUCUCCUUUGGGAUCCAAUCCAGUGCCAUUUCCGUGGUGAAGAUUCUGAGGGUCCUCCGGGUCUUGCGGCCGCUCCGGGCAAUCAACAGAGCCAAAGGACUGAAGCAUGUCGUCCAGUGCGUCUUUGUGGCCAUCCGGACGAUCGGCAACAUCAUGAUCGUCACCACCCUCCUCCAGUUCAUGUUUGCCUGCAUCGGGGUCCAGCUGUUCAAGGGAAAGUUCUAUCGCUGCACGGAUGAAGCCAAAAGUAACCCUGAGGAAUGCAGGGGCCUUUUCAUCCUCUACAAGGAUGGGGAUGUUGAUAACCCUGUGGUCCGGGAGAGGAUCUGGCAAAACAGCGACUUCAAUUUUGACAAUGUCCUGUCUGCCAUGAUGGCACUUUUCACCGUGUCCACAUUUGAGGGCUGGCCUGAGCUGCUGUAUAAAGCCAUCGAUUCGAACGGAGAGAAUGUCGGCCCCAUCUACAACUACCGCGUGGAGAUCUCCAUCUUCUUCAUCAUCUAUAUCAUCAUCGUGGCUUUCUUCAUGAUGAACAUCUUUGUGGGCUUUGUCAUUGUCACCUUUCAGGAGCAGGGGGAGAAAGAGUAUAAGAACUGUGAGCUGGACAAAAAUCAGCGCCAGUGUGUGGAAUACGCCUUGAAGGCACGUCCCUUGCGGAGAUACAUCCCCAAAAACCCCUACCAGUACAAGUUCUGGUACGUGGUGAACUCCUCGCCUUUCGAAUACAUGAUGUUUGUCCUCAUCAUGCUCAACACACUCUGCUUGGCCAUGCAGCACUAUGAGCAGUCCAAGAUGUUCAACGAUGCCAUGGACAUUCUGAACAUGGUCUUCACUGGGGUAUUCACCGUCGAGAUGGUUUUGAAAGUCAUUGCAUUUAAACCCAAGGGGUAUUUUAGUGACGCCUGGAACACGUUUGACUCUCUCAUCGUAAUCGGCAGCAUUAUAGACGUGGCCCUCAGCGAAGCCGACCCAACUGAAAGUGAGAAUGUCCCUGUCCCAACCGCUACACCUGGGAACUCUGAAGAGAGCAAUAGAAUCUCCAUCACCUUUUUCCGUCUUUUCCGAGUCAUGCGAUUGGUGAAGCUUCUCAGCAGGGGCGAAGGCAUCCGAACCCUGCUGUGGACUUUCAUUAAGUCCUUUCAGGCACUCCCGUAUGUGGCCCUCCUCAUAGCUAUGCUGUUCUUCAUCUACGCGGUCAUCGGCAUGCAGAUGUUUGGGAAAGUUGCCAUGAGAGAUAACAACCAGAUCAACAGAAACAACAAUUUCCAGACAUUUCCUCAGGCGGUGCUGCUGUUGUUCAGAUGUGCCACGGGGGAGGCCUGGCAGGAAAUCAUGCUGGCCUGCCUCCCUGGGAAGCUGUGUGACCCCGAGUCUGACUACAACCCGGGGGAGGAGUAUACAUGUGGCAGCAACUUCGCCAUUGUCUACUUCAUCAGUUUCUACAUGCUGUGCGCAUUUCUGAUCAUCAACCUGUUCGUGGCUGUCAUCAUGGACAAUUUCGAUUACCUGACCCGGGACUGGUCUAUUCUGGGGCCUCACCAUCUAGACGAAUUCAAAAGAAUAUGGUCGGAAUAUGACCCCGAAGCAAAGGGACGGAUCAAGCACCUGGACGUGGUCACUCUGCUCCGCCGCAUCCAGCCGCCUCUUGGCUUUGGGAAACUAUGCCCACAUAGAGUAGCCUGCAAGAGACUCGUUGCCAUGAAUAUGCCCCUCAACAGUGAUGGGACGGUCAUGUUCAACGCCACCCUGUUUGCUCUGGUACGAACGGCUCUUAAAAUCAAGACGGAAGGGAACUUGGAACAGGCAAAUGAAGAACUGCGUGCUGUGAUCAAGAAAAUCUGGAAGAAAACCAGCAUGAAACUACUUGACCAAGUGGUCCCUCCAGCUGGUGAUGAUGAGGUAACCGUGGGGAAGUUCUAUGCCACUUUCCUGAUACAGGACUACUUUAGGAAAUUCAAGAAACGGAAAGAACAAGGACUGGUGGGAAAGUACCCCGCGAAGAACACCACGAUUGCCCUACAGGCGGGACUCAGGACGCUUCACGACAUUGGGCCUGAAAUCCGACGGGCUAUCUCAUGCGAUUUGCAAGAUGAUGAGCCUGAGGAAACAAAAGGAGAGGAGGAAGAAGAUGUGUUCAAAAGAAAUGGUGCCCUGCUUGGAAACCAUGUCAAUCAUGUUAAUAGUGAUAGGAGAGAUUCCCUUCAGCAGACCAAUACCACCCACCGUCCCCUGCAUGUCCAAAGGCCUUCAGUUCCACCUGCAAGUGAUACUGAGAAACCGCUGUUUCCUCCAGCAGGAAAUUCGGUGUGUCAUAGCCAUCAUAACCAUAAUUCCAUAGGAAAGCAAGUUCCCAGCUCAACCAAUGCCAAUCUCAAUAAUGCCAAUAUGUCCAAAGCUGCCCCUGGAAAGCGGCCCAGCCUUGGGAACCUUGAGCAUGUAUCUGAAAAUGGGCAUCAUUCUUCCCACAAGCAUGACCGUGAGCCUCAGAGAAGGUCCAGUAUUAAAAGAACCCGCUAUUACGAAACGUACAUUAGGUCCGACUCAGGAGAUGAGCAGUUCCCAACCAUUUGCCGUGAAGACCCGGAGCUCCACAGUUACUUCCGGGAUGCCCGCUGCUCCGGGGACCAGGAGUACUUCAGCAGCGAUGAGUACUACGAAGAUGACAGCUCUCCGGCAGGGAGCAGGCAAAGCUACGGCUACUACAACAGAUACCCAGGCGGCAACCUGGACUUUGAGCGACCGCGAGGCUACCACCACCCCCAAGGAUUCCUGGAGGACGACUCGCCCCUUUGCUAUGAUUCCCGGAGAUCACCCAGGAGACGCCUGCUACCUCCCACACCGACAUCCCACCGCAGAUCCUCCUUCAACUUCGAGUGUCUGCGCCGGCAAAGCAGCCAGGAGGAGGCCCCACCGUCCCCCGCCUUCCCACACCGCACCGCCCUGCCUCUGCACCUCAUGCAACAGCAGAUCAUGGCCGUGGCCGGUCUGGAUACAAGUAAAGCCCAGAAGUACUCCCCAAGCCACUCGACCCGAUCGUGGGCCACCCCUCCUGCCACCCCUCCCUACCGGGACUGGACACCAUGCUACACGCCGCUGAUCCAGGUGGAGCGGCUGGAAGCCCUGGACCAGGUCAAUGGCAGCCUGCCCUCACUGCACCGCAGCUCGUGGUACACCGAUGAGCCAGGCAUCUCCUAUCGGACUUUCACACCAGCCAGCCUGACCGUCCCUAGCAGCUUCCGGAACAAAAACAGCGACAAGCAGAGGAGUGCAGACAGCUUGGUGGAGGCCGUCCUGAUAUCUGAAGGCUUGGGACGGUAUGCCAGGGACCCAAAAUUCGUGUCGGCGACCAAGUACGAAAUCGCCGAUGCCUGUGAUUUAACCAUCGAUGAGAUGGAGAGUGCAGCCAGCAACCUGCUGAAUGGGACCGUGCACAGCCGGGCCAAUGGGGACGUGGGCCCCCUCUCCCGCCGGCAGGACUAUGAGCUGCAGGACUUCGGGCCUGGCUACAGUGACGAGGAGCCGGAGGCCGUCAGAGAGGAGGAGGAUCUGGCGGACGAGAUGAUCUGUAUCACCACCCUGUAGCCCUGAGGCCUGGAAACAGUAGAUGGCCAGGGAACAAGUGCCUCGUAAUUAGGGAAGUUCAGGCACUGGCGUGGACCCUGUUCUCGCUCAGACUUUUGUGCAAGGGCCGCCGUGCCUCGAGGAAGCCAUAAACCUGGUAGGGAGCAUCCGCGCAUGUGGCCCCAGAAGCGCAGAGCCGUGGGUCCGCCCACCAGGAGGGGACCAGCAAGGUCAUCGGACAAGCCUCACCUGCUCCCCCAGAGUGCA